AUGGGUGCUCCAAAUUUCCCUGUCACCUUCGGACCUGGAUACCGUCCGGCCACCCACACUCCUUUGUUGCGUAUCUCGACGCCGCCAGUUCCAACAGCAUCUCGGAACGAUGAAGCGAUUGUUCUCUCUGAUCAGUUUAUGAAUCAUGCUGGUCCAUUGUCCUUAACAUCAACAGAGAGCCCAGCUGAGGUACCUUUGGUGCGGGAUGAGAUUCGACAAGAAGGCAUACAAGAUAUUCAGAAUAUCGUAACGACCAUUGCCGGUUCGGAGCUGACGUACAUUCAAGGGCUUCAAGAGUUACAUCCAUUGUUGGAUUGGAAUGUCUUGAACCAAGAUGCCGCACGUCAUAUUCAAGAGGCGUCAGCAUCUCAAGCCACAUGUGAUUAUUGGGUGCAAGAUACCUACGCUGAUCUGAGUCCGUCCAACCCGAGACCUUUCGAGAUAUCCCAAGCCUUGCACAAACUCGCGAUUCGUUAUGCACCACAGGUCAACAUUGACAUGACGAACACAUCGCAAUCCUUUGUUGUAACGGACAUGUGGCAACCCGACAUGCCUAUCAUAUAUGCUUCUUAUGGCUUUGAGACUAUGACUGGCUACAGCCGUGAAGAGGUGUUAGGAAGAAACUGCCGCUUCUUACAAUCUCGAAAAGGUGACGUCAAACCUGGUGCUAGUAGAGAGUUUGUGAGCAGCGCUUCUGUCUACGAAUUGAAGGAGAAAAUUGCCUUGGGCCAAGAAGUCCAGCAUGUUAUUAUGAACUUCCGUAAAAGCGGUGAACCGCUGAAGAACCUGUUGUCGCUUGUUCCAAUUCCCUGGGACACCAUGGAAACGAGGUUCUGGUUUGGUUUCCAGACGGAUUUGUCACAGAAUGAAACCCCGUUAAACCUGUCAUUGCACUCGCUUGAUGAUGGGUCACUUUUGCGUCGCAGGAAAUUUCGUGUCCAUCCCCGCGAGUCUUCAACUAGCACUAACCACGAGCUCCCAGUCACGAACGGCUCAGAUAGCAGAGCUGUAGAUACAGUCAGCUCGGCCACAGCGACGUCUCCGGUAUCAGCUGGUCAAGUUGAUGACAUUGCAGAUGUCAACCCAGUUCAUGCGUCAGACACAUUUACAGCUCUCUUGGCCUCGCUUGGCGCUUCCGACCUUCGAGAGGCGGUCUUUGAAACCUCAGCGUGGAACAAUUUGUUGUUACACAACGCUGAUGAGCUGAUACAAGUACUCUCAUUAAAGGGUACUGUAGUAUACAUCUCACCAGCUUGCCAGCAGCUCGGAUACAACUCCACAUUGCUAUUGGGGAGCUCAAUUGGGUCUAUCUGCCAUCCUUCGGAUGAACUCGUUGUCUUGCGUGAGCUCAAAAAUGCAUCUGUUGACAAAGAGAUUGAUAUGAUCUUUCGUAUUAGACAGCAUUCAGGUGGCUAUGCUUGGUAUCACAACUAUGGUUCUGUUUGGGCCGAAGGUGGGCGCAAAUGGGCGAUUCUUGUUGCACGGAGACUGGAUGUGUUCUCUUUGAGCAAGCAAGUCUUAGGUAGCGUAGGCGGCCUAGGAGUACGAGACAUUUGGAUGAAGCUAUCAACAUCUGGUCUGGUGCUUUCUGUCUUCCCAAAUCCCUUGCAGGCAUUUGGCAUUCCUGCUGACAAGCUUGUGGGGACCAGUUUCCAAGACAUGAUGGACAACGGCGAUGAUAUAGGAAUGUUCAAACACCUGCUAAACGAAGUCCGGACAGGCGAAGUUAUUGCUUCGGCUGUCGCUAUGCGAAGUGCUCGAGGCCAUAGACUCGAUGUCGAACUCACUUUGCAUCCUGGCGAUCGAGAACAUUUACAAAGUUGCAGGCCAUACUUUAUGUUUGCUCAAUGUCGGUUUAUCAAAAUUGCUUCAAGUAAAAAUAAUUCAACGCCGUCUCAUGUGACGCCGAAAUGGUCCAUAAAGAGAUAUACCUCUUCGCGGUGCCAAGAUCCCGAUGAUAACCUCCUGGCGAAGCUCGAAGCAAAUCAGUGCGGAGUCUGGCAGUACGAUAUGCAUCAACUCGUAGCUGAAAAUAACAGCUUCAAAACGGAGUUACACAACCUCGAGAAGUUAGCCAAGCAGCGAAAGCGAUUACGACUUUCUGGUGAUACCUUCCGUGGCUGUGCAAAUUGCCAUACGCGACAAACUCCGGAAUGGCGGCGUGGUCCAAGUGGUCAGCGAGACCUUUGCAACUCAUGUGGACUAAGAUGGGCCAAAUCGGUUCGUACACACACACACACACACACACACAGUCCCCACCCUACAGCGUUGAAAUACAUUUGCGAGGACAAGUUCUAG